GGAGACUUCCGGUGGAGAUGGCGGGGGGUGAGACCAGGAUAGCAAGACCGUAUUAAAUUCCUUCCUUAAUCUCUAAACCAAAUGUUCUUCGUAUUUUGGUUUUGGACUCGAACUGGAUUAAAUACUAUUGUUUUGAUAAAACCAUUUCAUGUUGAUUUGGUGCAUGCCCACCUUUUUAGGAAAAAUCGCGUCUUUGUUUUAAAGAAAAAAACUUUGGCCACUUUAUGGGGAAUAAAGCACUAUGGCCUCAGCUUCAGGUAGUAGCGAUGAUGACUUAACCAUUCCAAGAGCUGCCAUCAACAAGAUUAUCAAACAGAUUCUACCAAAUGUCAGGGUAGCAAAUGAUGCCAGAGAAAUGGUGGUGAAUUGCUGCACUGAAUUUAUCCACCUAGUAUCCUCUGAAGCUAAUGAAAUCUGCAAUAGAUCGGAUAAGAAAACCAUCUCACCAGAACAUAUCAUGCAAGCCUUGCAAAGUCUAGGCUUUGGAUCGUACAUAGCGGAAGUAAAGGAAGUUCUGCGGGAAUGCAAGAAAGUUGCCUUAGAAAGGAGAAAGGCGAACGCUCGCUUAGAGAACCUUGGCAUACCAGAGGAGGAACUGCUACGCCAACAACAAGAGUUGUUUGCAAAAGCUCGCCAGCAGCAGGCAGAACUGGCACAGCAAGAAUGGUUACAGAUGCAACAAGCUGCCCAGCAGGCACAGCUCGCAGCAGCAUCCGCCAACAAGGCUGGCUCCUCUCAGGACGAGGAAGAGGAGGAGGACCCCUAGAACCCAGUUCAGGAUGUCUCACUCCCCUUCCAUCUACCCGUGUCCUGCGAUAUUCACAGUGGCAACAUAGAUGGUCAUCAGUGGACAUCUAUUCAUGUCCACAACUGGAGACUGAAAUGUCAGCUGUGAAAUUUUAAUAGACCAGCCUAAAACAGGAGGAAAAAUAACGUGGUUUCAGUCUUUGGUCUUCAGACUUGCUGGAUUUAAAAAGUGACAUGGUCUGAGAUGGACAAUAUACCCUCCUGGAUCUUCAGGCCAUAACAUGGAUUUUUAUACAUGUGAACUUUUGGUUAAUUGGAGUGAAAUAUUAAACAGAUAAUGUUCCUGUUGAACAUG